CAGAAACCAGGGCGUUUUAUCAGAAUAACACAGAGUCUUGUUGGGGCUCUGAUAAAGGGCAGCAUUGUAUGGUAAUAGUUUAUAUAAGACCAUAUGACCGCUGUGCUGCGCUGGGCUCUGCUACGGUGCAGGGUAGUGGCUAGUGUCGCGGGAAUGAUUAGCAUUUUACCAACGCAUGGUGUUCACAAGCCAAGAGCCUUCUGAUUCGAUGAUAAAAUAAACACAUUUAAUUGAACCCUUCUUUGUACACAUUUUGUGUACCACCACAGCUGAAGACCUGGAAUCGAAAAUGAACUGGGGGUCCUUUUACGCCGUGAUCAGCGGCGUAAACAGGCAUUCCACCGGCAUCGGCCGCAUCUGGCUGUCUGUCAUCUUCAUCUUCAGAAUCCUGGUCCUCGUGGUGGCGGCCGAGUCGGUCUGGGGCGACGAGAAGUCUGGCUUCACCUGCAACACCCAGCAGCCCGGCUGCAACUCUGUCUGCUAUGACCAGUUCUUUCCCAUCUCACACAUCCGCCUGUGGGCCUUGCAGCUCAUCCUGGUGUCCACGCCUGCUCUCCUAGUGGCCAUGCAUGUAGCCCAUCGCAGACACAUCAACAAGAAGAUCCUGAAGAAGUCCGGGCGCGCUUCCCCUAAGGAGUUGGAACAAAUCAAGUAUCAGAAGUUUGCGAUCGCAGGCGCCCUCUGGUGGACCUAUAUGAUCAGUGUGCUGUUUAGGAUCGUUCUGGAAGUCGGCUUCCUUUAUAUAUUCUACUUGAUCUACCCUGACUUCAAGAUGUUCCGUCUGGUCAAGUGUGACUCGUACCCCUGCCCCAACACUGUGGACUGCUUUGUGUCGCGACCCACGGAGAAAACCAUCUUCACCGUGUUCAUGCUCUCCGUGUCGGGGGUGUGUGUUCUCCUCAACCUGGCCGAGGUGGCCUACCUGAUUGGCAGAGCCUGUCUGAGGUGUAUCCAUGGUAACCAGGACAAGAAUAAGGUAGCAGGGAUCGGUCAGAAACUGUCCUCCUACAAACAGAAUGAAAUCAACCAGAUGAUCGCUGACCAGUCGAAGUUCAAGUUCAACGUGGGAGCUAGGAAGACCUCUAUGGAGAAGGGAGAGAGGUGUUCUGCUUUCUGAUAGGCUGCCUUGGAAGGGAGAGAGGUGCUCUGCUUUCUGAUAGGCUGCCUUGGAAGGGAGAGAGGUGCUCUGCUUUCUGAUAGGCUGCCUUGGAAGGGAGAGAGGUGCUCUGCUUUCUGAUAGGCUGCCUUGGAAGGGAGAGAGGUGCUCUGCUUUCUGAUAGGCUGCCCUGGAAGGGAGAGAGGUGCUCUGCUUUCUAAUAGGCUGCCCUGGAAGGGAGAGAGGUGCUCUGCUUUCUAAUACGCUGCCCUGGAAGGGAGAGAGGUGCUCUGCUUUCUGAUAGGCUGCCCUGGAAGGGAGAGAGGUGCUCUGCUUUCUAAUAGGCUGCCCUGGAAGGGAGAGAGGUGUUCUGAUUUGCUGCCUAUGGAGAUGGGAAAGCAGGGCUCUGCUUUCUGAUACGCUGUCUAGUCCUAGUUCCCACAAAUGUUCACUGCUUCAAACUAAUGAACUGUAACCAGCUUGUAACCAUACUGGAUAGAAAUCCUCAAUAGCUCCAUCUAGUAAUAACAUCAAUCAUUCACUCGUUUAUUUCUUCAUCUAUUUAUUCUAGUGGCUGGUGCUAGGUUCUCACCAUUCCUAACGGUGGUAGGAUGUAGAGAAGAACAAACAAGCCCAGACAAACUCAAUGCUGGAUUGGAGAGAGAACUUUGUUUCAUCGUGAUCGACACAGUCACUGUUUUGUCUCACAACCUUGGGGCAGGAACUAGUGGAUAAAGGAACAUUUGUUUCGGCACAUGACUUGACAAACCCAUUGUAUUGGAACUCACUGAGUCUCCUACAGCAGGGAGACUACUCCUACAAUACGGAGAUUACUCCUACAGCGUGGAGACUACUCCUACAGCAAGGAGACUACUCCUACAGCGUGGAGACUACUCCUACAGCAGGGAGACUACUCCUACAGCACAGACUACUCCUAUAGACUAUUCCUACAGCACAGAGACUACUCCUACAGCAUGGAGACUGCUCCUACAAAGUGGAGACUACUCCUACAGCACAGAGACUACUCUUAGUCUACUCCUACAGCAUGGAGACUGCUCCUACAGAAUGGAGACUACUCCUACAGCACAGACUACUCCUAUAGACUAUUCCUACAGCACAGAGACUACUCUUAGACUACUCCU